GCCGCCCUUGGCGGAGCGUCUGUGCGGGCCCGGGAGCGGCGGCAGCGGCCGGAGCCCGGUGAGGCGGCGGCGGAGCUCGGAGGCGGCCCCAGCGCAGGAUUUUUCAUUCCCAAGGAGUGGCCGGAUGGAGGAGGAAAAGCCCCGGAGAUGCCACACGAGGAGGGGCUGCAAACCCAGCGCAGGGAGGAGCAAAGACCCCCCCUGUGCCAGGAGGGCGGCCGGAGAUCCAGCCAGAGCUCCGAGCUGGUGGAGAAGCCUCAUGGAGGGGAGAAGCCCCACAAGUGCUUGGAAUGUGGGAAGGGUUUCAGCUGGAGAUCCCACCUGAUCCAGCACCAGGUGAUCCACACUGGGGAACGGCCCUAUGAGUGUGGGGAAUGUGGGAAGAGCUUCAGCCAGAGCUCCGGUCUGAUCCGGCACAAGAGGAUCCACACUGGUGAACGGCCCUAUGAGUGUGGGGAGUGUGGGAACAGCUUCAGGCAGAGCUCCGACCUGAGGAAACACCAGAUGAUCCACACUGGGGAGAAGCCCUACGAGUGUGGGGAAUGUGGGAAGAGCUUCAGAGACAGCUACAGCCUGAUCCAGCACCAGGUGAUCCACACUGGGGAAGGGCUCUACACCUGCUUGGAAUGUGGGAAGGGCUUUGGAUGGAGCUACCAUCUGAAAUAUCACCAGCGCAUCCACACUGGGGAGAGGCCCUACGAGUGUCCUGAGUGUGGGAAGAGGUUUCAGAUCAGCUCCACUCUCCUCCUACAUCAGCGGAUUCACACAGAGGAGAGGCCCUUCCGCUGCCCCGACUGCGGGAAGGGCUUCAAGCGCAACUCACACCUCACUGUCCACCGGCGCAUCCACAGCGGGGAGAGGCCCUACGAGUGUCCUGAGUGUGGGAAGAGCUUCUCCAGGGGUUCUCACUUGACCCAACACCAACGGAGGCACCGCUAAGGGAAGCGCUGCGAGUGCCCCGAGAGCGGGAAGAGCUUCGUGCGCUGCUCCAGCUCCAUCCCCCGUGGGAGGAUCGGCCUUGGAUGAUCCCCAGUGACCCCCGUUGGGCAGAGCCCUGCUGAUCCAUGGUCCUGGUGAUCCGUGUUGGGAAGACACCUGGCUGGGAUGCUCCACAUCUUCCUGGCUCCCCGUGGGCACCUGAAUGAACACAGGGGCAGGAACAUCCAUCGGGACACAGACCGACAUUGGGAACUCCAUGUGCAGAGCAGAUUUGUUGACUUUCAAUCCCAGAAAAUCUUUUGCGUUCAAUCCUAUCAUCUGGGGGCAUCAAGGAAUAUUGGAUGGUCUUGGAGGUCUUUCCAAUCUCCGUGAUUCCACGAUUUUGAUUUCCUGUUGCCCAAGUGUGUCUUGCACAGCCAAAGAGUGAAGAUCAAGUGCAGGAACCAAGAUUUUGGAGACAGUGGGGUGGAAACCCCUCCAAAAAAGGUUCUUCCCUCCCAGCCAAACACAUGGAUCCUCAGCUGGCACAGACACAGCAAUCCUUUUUGUUUGACCUUGAUUUGUUUUUCAUUUCUCUUCAUCACUUUAAAUGUCCAACAUUGUGGUAAAAAUAAAGAGAUUGAACUG